AUGGAAAAGCUUUCAAGUGAAACUGUGAUUGACAUACUUUCAAGAUUACCCAUCAAAUCCCUUGUAAAGUGCAGGCGUAGUGAUGGAACUGAUGAUUAUAAGUGUGUUAACUUUAAUUUCCCAUUACCCCUUUUGAGUAAUUAUGAAAUUUUGGGUUCUUGUAAUGGAUUACUAUGUUUGUUUGAUCCAAUUGUUAAGUAUUUGACUCAUAUACUAAAUCCAUGUAGUGGGGAUUUUGUUUUCUUGCCUAACCCUAUUAGGGAUUUGGGGGAUCCUGUGAAUGUUGUUGUGGGGUUUGGGUUUUUACCUAAGAGGAAUGUGUAUAAGGUGGUGGAGAUUGUGUAUUAUAGAAGGGAAAUUGUUCGUGAUGAUAAUGAUGAUUUGAGGUCUGGUGUUUGUGUAUAUACUAUUGGGGAUGAUUCAUGGAGAUGUAACAGUUCAUCUCCUUAUUCACUUCGCGGUAGGGAUUUGUCUGGGGCAUGUGUGAAUGAAGCUCUUCAUUGGGUUAGUUCUGGCUAUGAUGGUCCUAAACUUGUUGAUCAAAUUGUUGGUUUUGAUUUGGAAAAUGAGGUGUUUGGAGUCAUUCCUCAUCCCGAUUUUGAUUCGGGAAGACUCAACUAUACGUUGGGUGUUUUGCAAGGUUGUCUAUCGGCUACUAGACGUAAGUGUCAAGAUUAUGUAGAGAUUUGGGUAAUGAAGGAUUAUGGUGUUAAGGAGUCGUGGACAAAGCGUUUGAAAAUAGUUUGUAGUGAAGUUGGGCUUAUCAUUGGAGCUGUCCAGCCUCUUUUCUUUCAGAGAAAUGGAGAGUUGAUGCUGCAGCAUGGUGGGACUUUGCUUUGUUACAAUCCUCUGACCAAAACACUACGUGAACUUCGUAUUUCUGGAAUGCCACGGUCCUUCAAGGCGGUUGUUCAUGUUGGCUCUCUUGUUUCACCCUAAAAGUUAUUAAAACUCAAGAAUACUGAAUUUGCUUGAUUUGGCAUAAACAUGAUGGAGAUCGGUUUCAAG